AGAUGGGUCUGGAAAACACCCUCAAAUUUAUUAUUAGUUAUGGCAAACAUAUACCAGUCAUUACUGAAUAUUUGUUUCUAAUGAUUUUUAAUGAUGCUAUAGGUGCUCCAUUAGCUCUACCAGACUAAUGACUGACUCAUUGUUUACCUGAGCUGAGCAUGACAGCUUGGCUAGAUUUUUCUUUUUGUCUUAAAUAUAACAUGAACACAUUUGAUGGAAAAGCAGGGGCAUCGCUGCCUCCUUCCAGGGUUGUUGUUCCCUGCAGAGAUUGUUAGAGUGCUCUGUGUUGGAGAAGAUUAGAUGAAGAGAGCUGCUGCAGCAAGGUACUUUUUCAAAAUCUCUCACUGACUGUUGUUUUCUUUGUUUUUCCAUCAUCCAACAGCUUGUUUCUCCCUUAGGUUAGCACUGUACAGAGAUGUGAAAGUGAAUGAUAAAGCAAAGUAUCUAGUUCCCUAAGAUGGCAACAAUGGUGCAAGACAGCACGCAAGCUAACUGAUAGACAUAUCACGCACACCAUUGUGUAUGAGGACUUCUGAGAAGUUCAUAAUGACUUGGUCAAACAAUGCUUGCAUAACCCUAGACUUUCCUAAACUCCAUUGUGUAAAAUGUAAUAAUUUUAUGUGACUGGGACUAGCUUUCUAACCUCCAUUCCGACUUCCCUCCAUCACUAUCAAAAACAUUACCUUCCUCCUCACACACAGACUCACACGCACAGUUGUCUGUAUGCAGAACGUACAGCACAUAUUAAAUGCUCCCAUGCCAUGUGUUUCUUCUUUUCACAUGAUGCCAGCUUGAUUACAUGCAGGUAGAGUCGCACUUAUGUUUUCCUGUCCACCUCACAGAAGCAUGUAUGUGAAAAUACAUAAAAAAAAAUAGCUCCUGGUACUCUCUAUCAUCAUCAGAAAAUCAGCUGCCACAUUCAUUUGGAUGGACAGGGGGAUACAUACUGGACUUUGAGGAUAGAAACAAAGUAUCGAAAAGCGUUAGUAUAGAUCUGAUACUGAUACAAGUGUUGGUAUCAAUACUAUCGAUAUUUGGAUCAAUCUACCCACCUCUAUACUUUAAAAAAAUUCAGCAAGAGGGCUACAUGUCACCAGCAGCUUCACAUUUUCUCUCUCUAUAGCUGGAUGGUGCAAAAGGACUAGCAGCUCCUGUCCCUCUCCUCCUCCCUCAGUUUGCCUCAUCAUCAUUUUCUGAUAUUAUAAUUUACUUUAGAAUAGAAUAGAAUGCCUUUAUUGUCACUAUACAGUUGUACAAUUUGUGGCCUUGCAAAAUGUUUCAAAUACCGCGUCUUGGUUGUUUGUAGAGCUGCAACAGGCCCACACGCGACUCCUCUCGUGGUUAUCAACUGAGUGAAGAGCCGUGAUGCAUUUAUACAGCCGUAUUUCGCACAUCACUAUGACAGGCGGAAGAAGAAGUAGUUCCUGCCAAUCAUUUAGACAGUCCCAAUAAUAUAGUUACUUUCCACUGUGUUCCUAUUAAUCACAAAUUACAAAUUUACCACAAAUUUCCUAAAUAUCGAUAUUUUGAAAUAAGAACUGAGUCUAGAUCACAAAUAUUUGCUAUCGGAAGAAUCAAUAUUCCAGUAUCGAUCCGCACAUCACUAUUUUUAGGUAUCUGACGCUUCCUUACUAUCAGUCAGACUUAAAGCCAGAGCAGGAUGGUAUCCGGCAGCUUCACCUUUUUCGGCAUUAUUCUUUUGUGCACCUGCUCUGCUUCACCGCCGAAUUUCGUCCUAAUCUUCGCUGACGAUUUAGGUUUCGGGGACUUGGGCUGUUAUGGACAUCCUAGUUCACGCACUCCCAACCUGGACCGCCUGGCAGCUGAAGGGCUCCGAUUCACAGAUUUUUACAGCACCUGCCCCGUGUGCACCCCGUCCAGGGCAUCAUUGUUGACAGGUCGCUAUCAGACCCGGUCAGGAAUCUACCCAGGCGUGUUUUACCCAGGAUCUAUAGGUGGUCUUCCUCUCAAUGAGACCACCAUCGCUGAAGUGUUAAAGCCCCUGGGCUACGCCACAGCGAUCAUAGGAAAGUGGCAUCUAGGUGUUGGGCAUAAUGGCAUGUUUCUUCCAACCAAGCAGGGCUUUGACCAUUUCCUGGGGAUCCCAUACUCCCAUGACAUGGGCCCCUGUAAGAAUCUGACUUGUUUCCCUCCAGAUAUAAAGUGCUAUGGAUUGUGUGAUAUUAGCAACGUAGUCGUCCCACUAAUGGAGAAUGAGGUCAUCAAGCAACAACCAGUCAACUUCCUGGAUCUGGAGAGGAGUUACAGUGACUUUGCAGCAAACUUCAUAACCACAUCGGUUGAGAAAAAACAACCAUUCUUCCUCUACUAUCCAUCACAUCACACCCACUACCCGCAGUAUGCAGGUAUAGGGGCAGCUGGCCGAUCUUUAAGGGGUCCGUACGGGGAUUCCCUGCUGGAGUUUGACAACAGUGUAGGCCACCUGGUGGAAACUCUGGAGAGGACAGGAGUGAUCAACAAUACAUUGGUCUUCUUUACAUCAGACAAUGGGCCUGAACUGAUGCGCAGGUCCCGUGGAGGCAUUGCUGGUCCUCUGAAAUGUGGCAAAAGUACCACAUAUGAGGGAGGCAUGAGAGAACCUGCCAUCGCCUACUGGCCGGGAAUCAUCAAACCAGGUGUUACUCAUGAGAUGGCCAGCACUCUAGAUAUCCUCCCCACAUUGGCGCGCCUGGCAGGAGCUGAACUACCACAGGUGAUGCUGGAUGGGGUCGAUAUGACGGAUAUCCUCGUUAAACAAGGAAAGAGUAAAAGGGAGACCGUGAUGUUCUAUCCUGUAAAUCCCAGUGAAGACUAUGGCCUGUUUGCUGUAAGGCUGGGGAAGUACAAGGCCCACUUCUAUACACAAGGUGCUUUCCAUAGCAGUACUACACCAGACAAAGACUGCUCAGCAUUGCGCAAGACUCACGACCCUCCUCUGAUAUUUGAUCUGGAGGCUGACCCAUGUGAGCUCUAUCCUCUAUCAGUAGAUACACCUGACAUCCAAUCUGUGCUGCAACAGGUCAAGACAGUUAAGGAGCAAUUUGAAUCCUCCAUGGUGUUUGGAGAGAGCCAAAUGGCAAAAGGAAAAGACCCCAGCCUCGAGCCUUGCUGCAACCCUGAGUGUAGCCCCAAACCUAGCUGCUGUCAGUGUUGAUGAGAAACAUUGCUGCAGCUCCUAAUGACAAUAAAGAAAGGGAAAGUUGAACUGCAGUGCUGCUCUCUUGUAGAGAGUGGAGUUUUAAUUGCUAGAAAUUAAGAAGCAGUGUAAAGGCAAUGUGCUUCCUUAGUGAGGAGAUGAUCUUCCAAGAUUUAAUACUGUCUCAAUUCAGAAAUAAUGUUUAACAGUGUACUGUAUUUUCUUUCUUCUAUGCUUUGAGUAUUUUAUUC